GACAGUAGCGCUGUGUGCUAGGUCAGAUGCUGUCUGUUUUCUGGAGUGAAUUGAUUCCUUCCAAAGUCGUAGCUCACAUUCGUUGUUGCUGUGCUGGCUGCAGGUCACUUGUAGCUGUUAGCGCUUGUAAACUGCUCCGAAACAGCAUUUGGCAGUUGGAUCGUUUGUUUAUCUGUUAUCCCUGGUCCGUUUCGCUUGACGGUUAAAAGAGGCAGAGAGUCUGUAGCGAGCAGAUUUCAUGGAGAAGCGUCACUAGGCGUCAGCAUCUUGCUUGCUUGCUGCGGCGGAAAAGGGAAAUGGGCAACGUGCAGAGCGAGGGUCAGGCCACAACGGAUGGCGAGGAUGAGGCAGUGUUCUUUGAUGCAUCGCACGGUGGACUGACAGAAGUACCCAGCGAUGCAUUCAACAUUGGUACCAUGCAGUUGGCAAAGAUAAUGCUGCAAGCCAAUCAACUUCGUGCAGUACCCGAGCGAGUGUUCAGUGUGGAGACGGUGCGCUCGCUGAAUCUCAGUGAUAAUGAGCUGGUUGAGCUCCCAGAGGAGAUUGGAAACCUGUUAGCAUUGGAAGAGCUAAUCCUUUGCAAAAAUGCUAUCGAGAGAAUACCUGACACUAUUGGGCAGCUGAAGGUCCUGAAGUUGCUCGAUGUCAAUUCGUGUCCGCUGGAUGCCGUGCCAGACGCUCUGUGCGAAUGCGAGUCUCUCAUGCAGCUAACGCUAAGUGACAUAUACUUGGACAGCCUGCCGAACAACAUUGGAAAGUUGUCUCGUUUGGAAGUGCUAGAACUGCGUGAGAAUAUGCUGGAUAGAUUACCCAGUUCAUUCUACAAUCUUGCACGCCUGCGUCGGUUAGACUUGGGCAGCAACAGGUUCGAGGAAAUCCCGUAUGGCUUCUCACGCCUGUUCUCCUUACAAGAACUCUACAUGGACCAGAACAAGUUGACGGAACUACCAGAGAGUUUCUGCCAGCUCGAUAGCCUCCAGAUACUCGACUUAUCGAACAAUACCAUAUCCAACAUCCCCAAUGAAUUCAACCAGCUCCGUAAUUUAACCGACCUAGAACUCUCCAACAACCGCAUUGAUGCAUUACCAGAUAUAAGUAGUUUAACUCGCCUCGUCUCCGUCCGUGUGAACCAAAACCAACUCACAUUCCUUCCGGAAUCACUAGGAAGCUGUACUGCCAUCCGGGAGCUGUAUGCAUCAUCCAAUCACAUAUCAAGUUUACCAGGCACCGUAGGCUCUCUGGGUCGUCUCUCUACCUUGUGCAUGGAUGAGAAUGAGCUGACACAGCUUCCGAAUCAGAUUGGCAUGUGCCACCAGCUGUCAUUGCUCAGUCUACGCAACAACCAGUUGAGGUUGCUCCCGGAGAGCAUCGAGAAUCUCUUCGAGCUCACGGUGCUCAACAUCGUCAACAACAGGAUCCAGUACCUGCCCAGUGGACUUGCAGAGCUGCCCAAGCUCACCGCACUCUGGAUGUCAGACAAUCAGGCACGGCCAUUGAUUCCACUGCAGACCGACUUUGCUCUGGAUGGCAUAUCAGUAUUGACCUGCUAUAUGUUACCGCAGAACCAACGGAAUGAGACUGUCACAAUUGAAGACGAGGGCAUUGAAGAUGGUGAGAUUGGCGACGAGGAUACGUUGGGUGACAUGAUGAUGAGUGGAGAUGGCGGCCUGGCAGCAAUGCACAAGGAGCCUGGUCACGCACGCCGAAGCAUGAUCAGUUUUGGGCAUGAUGUCAGUAGCGAGGUGAAACCACCAUCGCUUAUGCCCAGGGAGGCACGGACUCGCCUGGGUCGUCCUGAGGCAGAGAUGCUGAAGCGUACUUCAUCCAUUGGGAAUGCCCUGCAAUUCAAGUAUGACCCAGAUCCCAUCUACGACAAUCUACCCAAUCUGCCGAAGAAAAGCCGACAUCGACGUAGCUUUGUGGAUGAGUUUGAUGAAAAUGAAGAAGACAGGCUGCGUGAAAUGAUAGCACAGAGCACAAAGAAGAAGGGCAAGAAGGAGAAGAAGUCGAAAAAGAACAAAGACAAAGACAAGGUCAACAAGGACAAUUCCAAGACUGAUCUUGGAAGUGAAGUAUCACCUGGAGCAACCCUGUCAUCCAGUAAUGCGAACACACCCCAGCAAGCACGUACAGCGGCAGGUCAGAGUGUGACAUCAUCAGAUGGUAAAGUGUCGACCAGCAGUGACCAGGUGGCUACAUCGCCAUUCCAGUCUACGCCGGAGAGGCGGCAAUCCGAACGCUCAGAUGCUCUGUCACCCGCCUUGGCCACGCUGGCUUUAGAUGGUGAACCCAGACGCACGCCUACGCCCUCUGGUCUCCAACGACAACAGGAUAGUAAUAGUCAACUCCAGCAACAGCAGCAGCAGCAGUCUCACCCAGUGUUUAUCACUGAUCCAGACCAUAACGCGCGACGGCCGUUUGUAUUGCCUAAGCCAGCCUCUGCUGCCGAGUCCAUUCCUGCUUUGCCGCCAAAAUCAUCCACCGGCAGCGGAAGUAACGGCAGUAGUCGACUCACUGGUCCAACUGCAGACGCUCUUCCAGCUGUCACACCUACUACAUCCUUCUCAUCUACCUCAUCAUCUCCAGCCAACCCGUCCAGUCUGGAUUGGAGAGCGAAUGCAGCAACAGCAGCAGCCACAGCGACAUCAGUGGCAAGCGCACCGCAAGCUGGAAGGGGAGCAUCAAGUCUGAACGUCGUGACAAAUUCCGGCAGACGGCCUAGCACCACCAGCGAAGGCUCGGUAUCCCCUGAGCCGCCACCACCACCCCGCUCUUCAUCUUACAACAGGGUACAAAUGCUCAAGUCACCGGAACAAACACAACGUCCCGAUGAGCGCAAGCAUACCACGGUUGGUCCGACAGUGUCCUUCUCGCAUAACCAUACCUCGAGGACGUCUCCGGUAACACGCACCCGUGCGAACACCGUGGACUCCGUGGGACAUCAAGCGCAUGCGCAUGGAGUGGAAAGCAACAGCCAUCAUGGCCAGGAAAGUGUGGGCGACGACAGGCGGGGUGAGCAGUUCAACGAUGCUCGGUCCAUGCUUGCCAAUAUGAUGAAGUCAUCAGCAGGUCCUGGCCACUCAGCUCUGCAGAGGAGCGGCAGUGGUGAGGCUGUACCUGCUUCCAAUACUAGUAUUGGAUAUAGUUCGGCAUCAGUUUCCACGUCAACCACGCUAUCAACUAGCUCCAGUGCUCCGCACCCAGCGGCAUCGCAGCAGAUACAUGGCGCACAAGUGCCCACAUCUGCAAGUGUUUCGGCAAAGCCACCCGUUGCAAAGAAGCCAGCCGUUUCUCCAAAGACGUUUCGCAGUCCGCAGAAGCCUGCUCCUCCACCGCCUUCUGCACUUAAUUCAGGUGUUACAUCAACGGAUUCGGUAUCGUCUGCAUCCGGGUCGCAAUACCAGCCAAGUAGCAGGCCGGUAACAACGGUAACUGCACCAGCUAGUCGCUAUAGCCCGCAUGGUCAGCACUCUCCACCUUCAGAUCAGCAGUACAGUCCACAGAAAACCAUUUCACCUGUAAGUCCACACCGACUGCCCGUAUCUCGCAGUUUCGAACAGGAUAUGCGUGGCCCGGCCAAUCGACCCAUGUCUGCAGAGCCAUCUCUGCAUCACGCGGGCUAUACCAGGCCGCCGGUAGCACCAAAGCCUCCAUCGCACUCUCACCAGCCGUCAGCCGUAACCGGUAUGUCCAACUUCCGACUUCCGUCCACUGAGCAUCUUACGGAGCCAGGCCAGCGGCACUCCAUCUCCACAGUGCAAGGUGAUGCAAGACGCAUGCUGGGUCAACAUGGCGCGCUCCCCGGCUCUGUGGCACCACCAGCAGCACCGAUGUUCGUAGCCAAGUCUGGUGGCAACCAUCCACGGCCAAGAGCACCUUCUGCAGAGCCAACGUUUGACCGGUCCUACCACAAUAGCUCCUCUUCCGCAACCAGCAGUGCGCCGACUAAUGGCUACAUGCCCGGUUCUACACGCGCCAGUGUGCGCAGUACUGCAGGCAGCAAGCCAAGCAGCGGCAGCAGUGGCUUUCUUCAACACAGCAGUCUGUCGAGCAAUGGGGGCAGCCACAGCAGCACCAGUGUGUUUGGUUCUGUUAGUGAUAGCCCAGGGCAAAGGAUCGAUGCGGCCAAUCUAACACCGACUGUAAUGUAUGUGGUGUUGCGCAAGCGCACAACCCUGGGGUUCAAGGUCACCGGUGGGCACGGCUCUGGGGGAAACCCCUACCUUCCCAAGGAUCCGGGUGUAUUUGUCAGUGAAGUACUGGACCGUAGUACGUGUGUCAGUGGAGAAGUCAAGGAAGGAGAUAAGCUAUUGGCAUUGGAUAACAUUCCUCUGGAGAAUUUGACACACCGCGAUGCAGUCAAUGUACUGCGCCAAGCCGCCGGUCUAAUACGCGUCAAGCUCUUGCGCUAUGUGCCGUCGGACGAAGCCGGUACGCUCUUCUAGCCGUGCAUGCAGUGCGGCACUCAUGCCACAACACAGCAGCAUGCAGUGCUCAGCGGUGUGCUGUGGGCGUCCUUGUUGGACGUUGUUCGGUAGUGGCUGAGGAGUCAGGACAGCCACUGGAGAGAUGGCAGUUUAUGUACAUAGCCGGUUCUUGGCCAUUGCUGACUAUCGGGCCCCGGCUGAUAAUCUAUUCAAUCAGCAACGGCUGUUGGCUGGCACACAAUUCGCAACUCACCAGUGCCUACUAACUGUAUAUUGCACUAGAAAACAACUGAUGUAAAGCUGAUCGGAGCGGCUGCAAUACUCAACGCGCAGCCAAACAAUAGUUCCCUCUCGCUUCUAGGUGCCUCGACCUAAAUUCAACUGUCCUAUAAGCCCCAUCUCAUGUUAAAGUCUCUCUAUACUAGCAAGUAAUAUUAAGUUCCGGUAAUCCGCUGUAUGAUCCUCGGCAGCAGGAAGCAAUACGGACCACAAAACCCACCCUGCUGUUUCUCUCCCGGUGAUCCCUGAAUCAACAUUGUCCCCCGUCCCCAGCUUCUCGUGCCAACCCUUGAGAUAAGGCGUGUGCAUGUCUUUGAAAAAAAUAAUCUGCGCUAGUAAUCACAGUUCACCUGCCGUCCAUUAGCUGCUUGGCUGUGACUGCCGGCGUUUUGGCCAGUAGGUCCGACCUGGAUGCGAACUCGAUGUUGUGGGUUAUUUUGCUGUCCUGUCCCGUCUCCUGAGUGUGUGUGUGGUCCCGUCCAGUAUCGUAUGCCUGUGUUUUGUGCACUGCAAUCGCAUUGAGUGUCAUGCUGAAGAAGUCUGCGUUUUUGCUCUGGUUUAGGAAAAAAGGAUUUUCAUUUUCUUGCCUCAUUGAACACAGUCAACACUCUACCAUACUGUACAGCUUUCUAUCAUCAAUGUAUUCUAAAGUGACUAAGAACUUCUCAUCAGUUUGCUAUUACCGGUAUGUUAUGUUUGUUCUUGACAGCAAA